GCCCUGUGCUUUGGCGACUAAGUACUAACCUGUGCAAUGUGCAUAACGGAUAACCCCAACUGUGUCUGAAAUCUGAAUCCUUUUAUUAAAUGUUUGUGUUAAACUUUUAGAAGCAAAACCUAACGCAUUAUUAUAUAUGCUACUUAUUUCCACAAAAACAGAGUAAAUAGGUAGCUUUGUUUAAAAUGUCUAAUACUAGCAGUGGAAAGGGAACAAAAUCCAAGUCCAAUGAGGAGGUAUUCGCAGGUUUUCAAACUCUUCGAAAUGAACAAAGACAAUUAGCAAAUAAAAUUUCAGAAUUAGAAAUGGAUCUAAAUGAGCACAAAAUUGUAAUAGAAACUUUACAAGCGGUGGAGCCAAAACGCAAGUGUUUCCGUAUGAUCGGUGGAGUAUUAGUUGAGCGCACAGUUGCCGAAAUACUACCAGAGCUCGAGACUAACCUGGAAAGGUUACCGAGUGCAAUUCAGACACUUAAUGAGCAACUGGCCCAUAAAGGACAAGAGAUCAAUGAUUAUAUAGAGAAACAUGACAUCCGAGUGCAGCGUGGGGCUCAGCAGCCAACAGAAGCACCCUCAGAGGACUCUCCAAAUGCUAAAUCCAAUGUUCUUGUUGCAAGUGGUUAAAAUUAUUCUAAAUCCUUUAUUAUUUUUAAGCUUGUUUGUUAUUAAAAAUAUUUCAAUUGACUAAACAUGUGAUAAAAAUUUAUUAUAUGAAAUGGACACUAAAACUAACUUCUAUUACAUUAGGGUCAUAUAACUUAAAUUACAUAGUAUCAAAAUAAAUCUUAUAUCUUUGCUUUACAAUAAAAACAUUAUAAAUUUAUAAUUUCCUUAUAGAUAAAAAUAAUUUUAUUUAACUUUGUAUUUACUAGUAAUAAAGAUCCUCGCUUAUUUAAA